UCUGCCUAUAUCGUUAUUACAAACCACGACUCUAGAUUUAAACGCGCGCGGCCUUCUCUUGAUCUGACUCAUACACAAAAACAGCAGUGAAGUCGCACAUAAUCGGUGACGAAAAUGAUACGAGGAGUGAUCGUAAUGAACGAUCAAGGCAAGCCUCGCCUCAUCAAAUUCUAUGAAUUUCAGCCGCCGGAGAAGCAGCAGGAGCUGGUUCGGAGCAUUUACAGAAUUUUAUGCAGUAGAGCAGAGAACGUGAGUAAUUUCGUUAAUGCGGAUUCUCUUUUCGGGCCGAAUGUGUGGCUUGUUUAUAAAACUUUUGCAACACUCUACUUUGUGUUCAUAUUCGACAAAUCUGAAAAUGAGCUAGCGAUGAUGGAUCUGAUGCAAGUAUUUGUGGAGACAUUGAACAAUUGUUUCAGAGAGGUAUGCGAGCUUCACAUAGUGUUCAAUUUUUACAAGAUCCAUAUGAUUUUAGAUGAAAUCAUAUUAGGUGGACAAGUGCUUGAAACAAGUUCUGAAGAGGUGGUCAAUGCAGUUGAUGCAAUCUCAAGGUUGGAAAAGAAUGUCAAUUCGAUGAUUCCAUCUAUUCCUGGUUGGCAGAGAUGAUAGCAACUGAUAUUUCGUAGUUUCUUCGAGUUUGAAGACUAAAGAUAUUAUCCCCAAGACCACACCCUUUGUUGGAAAUCAACCGGUGUUGAUGCUGAUUGAUAAAAUCCUCUUUUUCUUAGAAAUGAACAUUUGACAUGAUACCUUCAACGGAAUUCUUGAAUUGCAUUAAUUCAUGCCUUUGUAUAGUUCAUUGAUGUGAACUAUGUCCUUUUUCUUUCUAGAUGAAAAAGAAUAUUUUUUUA